CCCAGCCAUGCGAUUGACAUGGAGUUACUAUAGCUGCAGCCAGCCCACUAGAUCCGACAGGUAUGUGUUGGGUCCUGGCAUGCCUGGUCCUACCUUGGGCGGUGCAAGCGGCAACACCGGUUGACUCUGGGGUGGCCUGGAAGGAGCUCCUGGCUACCUUAGCGGACUUCGAGGCUCCCGAGGGUGACCUGGGCUUCCGCGUUUGCUUCCUGGGGCACGAGCCGCACACGUUGGAGUUAGCUUUACAGCUGUUGACGUUGCCAGAGCCGUAUGUCUCGCAACUGCCGCGGCCUUUGAAAGUGGCCCUCCUGAGGGCCAGCGCAACGAUCCUGGAGGAGACCCGUGAAGCCAUUGCGGAGCAUGGCGACGAGAGACUGCAAGUGUUGGUGCCGGAGGA